CCAUCAAACAAACAAAAUAAUUCAACCAAAACUCUACCUCAAAAAAUUCAACACGCACAUAUUCUACCUCUAUACCUUAUCAGCGCAUCAUGACCGCACUCACCUCCCCCCUAAACUUCCCCUCCAUUUCAGAAAUCCUCCCUUCCCCCUUCCCCGCCCGUUCACAAACCGCUUCUGCGAAAGUAAACGGCAUAGAUACAAAUGUAUCAUGCAUGUAUUUCGCCGAUAAAAUUUUAAUUACUAUUACGCAAGGAGGGAGAUUGGGACAAUGGAUACAAAUCCCACUCACAUCCGCAUCUCCCACCUCAUACGAUACCUCGAUACCGCUUCCUUCAUCCUCGAAUUUAUCCUCCAAUGAAAACGGAGAUGGAAAUCCAAAUAUGAUACUCCCCCUCGAACAUCUCACCCCUAGAACAUUACUCGGUGCGGGAGGAGAAAAGAGAGAGAGGAUUGGGCAUUUGUAUGCGAGUCAGAUUGGGUCGAUGAUAUUGGGACGGGAUCCGGAGGAGAGGAGGACGGUAUUGGUGGGGUUGGGGUUGGAGAUGAGUGGGAAUGGGGAGGGGAGGGAGGGGAGAAGAGAGGGUUAUUUUGAUUUGUUGGAGUUGGUGAUGGGGGUUCUGUGA